UACGAACUUUAUCAGCUUCUCCUCCUCGAUUGUAUAGCUUCUCCAAUCGCAAACUUCCUUUCACUCUCGUCUUUCCUCCUCCGCUUCUCCGUCGCCAGCAACCGCCUUCCCCCGUCCUCUCAACCGCCUGUCUCCCGCCAGCCGCGGCUCUGUCGCCGACAUCAGACCAAACAGAACAACAGAAUCACUUCACAGACAUCGCGCCUGGUCCUCCUGUAAGAAUAGUUGCUAUUGUUGGAGAAGGUACCAUCAGUCCUCUAAAGUCGACGCCUUGGCUCGAUGUUAUGCGUCACACGAUAGAUAGAUUGAAAUGGUUUGAUGACCAAUACGAUAUGGUGGUAUUUACUGAUCAUUUUCAUGAAGAUGAUGGUGAUCAAUUAGUUCAAAAUAUGAAGAGGGAACUCAGUCUUGCUGAUAUUCUGGUCAAUAUAGCUGUCACAAAUGAAGAAUCUGUCAAAUGGAUUCAAAAACACACUGAAAACAUACAAAACGUAAUGUGCUUUGAAUCAUCUUCAAGGCUAAGUAACAAACUGGGUGGAUCAGUUGUCCAAACUAAUUACAAAGGUGACUCAUUCAGCUUGAAUAACCUUAUGAAGAAAAGUGAAGCAUCUUUAGAAGUUGUUCAAACUAUAGAAGAAGCUUGGGCCAGGUCCAAUGCCGAUGACAUAAGGUUCUGUUUGUUGGUUAUCAUAAAUGCUUAUAUACGACCGGUUUCAGUAUUGAAGAACCUUAGAGCAAAAGGCUUUUCCACCCUGAAAUGUAUGAUGAAGAACUGUGGCCCUCAGAUACUUAACUGUCUUUUGGACCCCAAAUGUAGGAAAGCUCUCCAGUGCUUGAAUAAAUGCAGCCCGGUGGAUCAGGUCUGUAAUUAUAAAUGCAUUGCUUCAUAUGAAAGUCCCAAUCUAGAACAGUUCUCGCUUUGUGUACUUCAGAAGAACAACUGUCUCGACCUAGAUGCAAAGAUUCCAGGAAAACCUGUAGUGCCUCCAAUGAUUGCAUUUCGUGGGGAAGAAUUAUGUCAUGAGACUGCUGAGGAUCUCUUCGUUGGGUGGCUUGGGAAUCUGGAUUGGAGCUGGCGUGUUGUUGCAGGACAGAAUCCAGCUUACGAUCAGUUUCCAUGCCAAUACCAGCUAUUCUACAGGGGAAAAGCAAGAGGGUCGUUUUGGUAUGAACCGGUUUUUCAGGUGAGAACCUUAGAAGGGGAAUUGGUUUGGAGGAGGAGGAGAUAUCGAGUGAAGAGAGGUACAGUUCCGGGGACAUUUAACUUGAGUGUGCUGGAUAAUGGUGUUGUUUCGAAUGAGUUUUGGACGGUGGUGGAUGUAUGCGAUGAUCUUAGUUGGGGGUUGUUCCAUUAUCAUGGUGCGGCUCGUGCAGCUGGACAGUCGUAUACUGGAGCUGUACUCGUGAGCCCGAAUGGGGAUUACCCGAAUGAAAGGCAGUGGCCUAAAGUAGUUUCGGCGUUGGAAAGGUGUUGCAUAAAAGAGUGGGAGUUGUAUAGUGUGGAUAACUGUUCUUGUCAAGAUCCUCCAUUGGGGUUGCCUCAAGGUUACAGUUUACACUCAAGGAUUCGAGUUUGAUAGAUGAAAAGAUCCAUGUAUUGUAUAUAUGAGUCUAAGUUUAUGUCCCAUUUAUCAAAACGAUAUCAUUUUGAUACUGAUUAAAAGAAAAAAACCAUCCCAUCAUCAGACCUUUAGCUUGCUUUGCUCCUGAAUAAUCAAUUGUCGAGUCAACGACACUCACACGCAGGAAAGGCUUCAAAAUCAAAGACGUUUUUUUAAAUAAUAUCAUUUGCGCUAGAUAACAAAUAUUCUUUGUAAGUUUCAGUAAAUAUUUGAAAUAUUUUUC